UGGGACUGAAAAAGAGCAGAGCAGGUCGCCCAGUGUGGUGCCUCUCAUCUUUUGUGUGCUGGUUUCCCCGUGCCAGCUUUCUGCUGUCACAUUAGUGCAUGUCAAAUGCAGGAGAUCACAUGCAAAUGUACUCUUGGACUUUUAGCUUUUUAGCUUGCUUCCUUUGCGAACAGGGAGUACUUUUUGGUCUUUCAAACUGAUUCGGUAAGUGUCAUCAUGUUUGUCUUGCUUUGCUAAGUGUCUCUCUGGGAUGUUUUGGAACAAUUAUUCACACCUGCUGCAAUGGGUAAGUGGGAGCAAGAAUCCUUCAUCAUCUAAUGAACCGUUGGCAGACCCUCACCACUGAAUAUUUCCCUUUGGUCAGAGGAAUAGGAUAUAUGUAUGUAUGAACUGUGUGUGAUUGUGUAUUUUGUGUGGGUAUCUGUCAGACGAUCAGUGUGAGUGGUCAGCCUGUUACUGGUCAAAGUUCACGGUCAUCAAUGGUUGAGGUGGACGGCUCUCCAUCUGGUGGGGACUCGGCCUCUGAGGGUCAGGGCUAAAAAGUGUCUGCAAGUGUGGAGCUUGUCUUCAGAAGUUUAGUUUGUGUGUGACAGAACAAGUGUGUGAAUCACAUGUCCAUGUGUGAGGUCUAAAGGCCUCUUCAGUUUACAGUGUGUUUAGAGGCAAAUUUAGCCCUAGGCUCUACUGAAUGCUCCAAUCACACACAACAAUACCUGUCAAGCCAUUUGACCAUUGACAAAAACACUGCACUUCUCUCUCUCUCUGGCAGGUAGAUCUUUGGUGCUGCAGCUGCAUGUCAUGAAUUGAAUGAAAGCAGGCACUUGAGCAACUGUGUGCAGCCAGGAAAAAGGUGAAAAAGACCAUUAAUCCUUUCCACGAUCAUUGCACUAGCAUUCCCCAAUUGCAUCCAGCUUAGUAAUAAAAUGAAUCAGUGAUCAAAUUAAUUUUAGCUCUUAAAAGCUGUAUCCUUUGCUCAACGCAGCACGUUUGGUUGCACACAGUACAUCUAAUUUAUAAAUCUUGUUUUUUUUUUUUUUUUUGGUAUCACCUUCAUGCUUUGUAAAGAUGUUUUUCAUUUGUAUUCUUUACAUUUAAGUUUUAAUAUUUAGCAAGACCUGGAACAGGUAAAUAUAAUCAAAUCUUAUCUGGGAAAGCCAUUAAGAUUUUAAUUCCAGUUUGAUAAUAUGCAUAUUUUUGUCAGAUUAAUAAUCCUAAAUAUAUCCUUUUUUUGGUAAUUGUAAAAAAUUGGUUAAUCAUAACAUCUCUGUCUCCAUUCCGCCCACUUUAUCCCUCAAUUCUCCCUCUCUCUCACUCUCUGGCUGUCACUACAGCACAAUGUAGGAGCAUUAGUAUGCUAAUGAGGUGCAGGGCGACAGGUGGCCCGCUAGACAGCUCAAUUAAGCAGCUCGUUAAAGGCCAAGCUAACGAAGCGGCCUGCACUGCAAGCCUUAACAAACAAUGUGACUGUGCAGGCUACAAAUUGGUUUCCUCAGUACUUUCCCUGCCUGCCGUUGGUUGGAAAACAGAUGGUUCUUCCACAGUGUUGCUGUGUCAGGCUGAUCAGGAUGCAGAAUAAUGUUUCAAUAGCACCACAAGGUCAAAAAGAAAUCAAGUCAUACAGGUUUUGGAACGCCUUGAGGGUGAAAUGUAAUUGAAUGUGCCAAGAAGAGCAGAUGGGUUGGUGAGAGAAGAGAAUAAAGGAAAAGUUGCUGCAAAAGAGCCCUGAGAAGUGUAUAAUUUUGGGCGUACCAUGGUACAGUGCCCCUUAGAGUAACCUGGAAUAAACUGGUGAUAAUUCAUGGCUCAUUCCUUUGAAAGACCAGCAACUAACAACUUUCCUGUUCCAGAUCUGAGGUUUAACCACCACACCAUUAAUGCCAUCAUUUUUGUUUGAUAUUUUAAAUCAGUUCUUAGAGAUUAUUGAUGUCCAACUUUAUUAAAUCAAUGUUGUUUUUAAUGUAAUUUUGAUGGGAAUUGGAGGAAAAGAAGGGCAAUUUAAGGAAAUUCAGAACAAAGCAUGGAAGCUUAAAAAAGAAGAAUGGAAAGGAAGAUCAUUCUAAGUUUGCAGAUCCUCUUCAAAGUACUUCAGAUGACAAGGGACCCCUCUUAAAAACACAAGCCUGAACUCUUCAGUUUAAGAGCCCUGCUGCUUCCAGCAGAAUAUCCACAGGAAGUGCCACACAUUCUUUGAAGAUGUUCAGGUUUUUGGUGAACAAUCAGUGUGAAGCUGACAUAAAUGAUCUCGACCCCUGGCUGCUGUGAAAGUUCGGGAUGGAGAGAUGCAUACCUCCUAAAGAAUCCGGGCAGAGACAAUAGAACAGCGCACAGGCACUUGGGGAACAGAAGGGUGACACAGAGGGCAGCUCUCACCACAACAACUCUCCUCCUUUGAAAACAAAACCCCAACCUGUUACUGCUUCAGCCUGCCUGUGGGAGGGGAUGCUCGUAAUAAAGCUGCCAGCCCCCUCGUUAGACAUCAUGAGGUUGGAGGGAAGAUUAGCAGGAUUAAGACUGGCUCACAUAUGCUGCUCUUCACUAUUGGCAUUCAACACAACAUAAGCCCAACUGCCACCCAGACGGGGAGAGAAAGAGAGAUGUAGAGGAUUUUCGGACCCCCACCCACUGGAGCUCAUUGGUUCUUGACGGGCUGUCGGAAAAGCGUUGACAUUGUCCCGGUGACUUGCCCCCGGGUGAUGGGGAGGAGGGACCUACUAUAAAAUACCCCUCGUCACUCUCGGGCGUGCCAAACACAAACAGUGCACGAGUGAACUGGAAUAACGAGUGAGUUCUGCAAAGCUGCACAUUAACACGCGCGUGCACCUGCUACCGGAAUAUUGACAUCUGCGAGAAGCUGAGAGCGCACUGAACAUCAUGGACUCCGACACGAGCCGAGUGUCCAGUAGACCUUCCUCUCCUGAAGGCGAUGAUCUUUUCCUGUCCGCAGUCAAGAAGUCCGUGGGUUUCUCCGGCGCCGUCUCCUCCACACAGAGCGAUUCUCCUCCGGAGUUAAGAGGCGCAGAUCUGCGUGGCGUCUCCAGCGCCGAUGAGGACGCAGUGGCUCUGAAGUUGCUCUCCAAAAAGGACCGUAAACUUCUAUCCGAGACCGAACUGCAGAGUAUGCGCCUCAAGAUCAACAGCCGCGAGAGGAAGCGCAUGCACGACCUCAACAUCGCCAUGGACGGUCUCCGGGAGGUCAUGCCCUACGCUCACGGGCCAUCCGUGCGCAAGCUCUCCAAAAUAGCCACCCUGCUGCUCGCGCGCAAUUAUAUCCUUAUGCUGAGCAACUCGCUGGAGGAGAUGAAACGGCUCGUGAGCGAGAUCUACGGCGGAGGGAGCGGGGCCCAUCACGCCGGUUUCCACCCGUCCGGUUGUGGCACCCUUACGCACGCGGCGGCCGCUCCUUUACCGGGUCACCCUGCUGCUGUCUCGCAUUCCUCUCACCCGGUACAUCAUCCUCUGCUACCACCAGCAGUCUCCACUGCCGCAUCUCUCUCCGGCCCGGGUCUGUCAGCCGUCAGGCCGCAUCAUGGACUCCUCAAGGCACCAUCGGCCACAGGGCCACUCGGCGCUGGUUUCCAGCACUGGGGUGCUGGGAUCCCGUGUCCGUGUAGCAUGUGCCAGGUGCCUCCGCCUCAUGUGUCCGGUAUGAGCACCGUCAGCAUGCCACGACUGACCAGUGACUCAAAAUAAAGUACUGAACUUUGAUAAAAGAACUCUGAGAAGGAACCAUAGACUUAUAUAUAUAUAUAUAAAACUGUAUUAUCUCGUGUUUAUCAGUUUAUGACUGAACAAUUUGGAAAGCACAAAUAGAUCUGAAGCGAAGAAGAAUGGAUCAAAGCCACUAACAUAGAGUUUUCUAACACUUUAGAGAUAUUAGGGUUUACUAUCCAUGUGCAUUUCUGUGUAUGAAGUUUGUGAAAAUAGCAUACCUUACUCUUUUUAGCCUUCAAUCCUGAGACUGCGACGAAAGAUAAGAAUAAAAUAAAUCCGGCCAAUUUAUGCUUCAGUUAAAGAGGGCUAAAUAGUUUAAUGGGCUAUUAAACGAAAUUAUACAUUAAAAAGUCCUAUGGUUUUGAAAAACAUAAUAGGACUGUAUACUGUGUAAAUAUGUAGAUAGCGAUUGUACAGUUUGAGAGAUUUUAUAUUACCUUCAGUUUAUAGGCUAUUUGGGGUCAGAAUUCAUUUGCCAAGCGCUGUCUGUAACAGGAAAGAUGCACCUCUCUCUCUCGCUCUUUCUCUCUCUCUCUCUAUUUCUCCCUCACUCUGCCUUUAGUUUUCUGGCUUUCCAUCUUUGUUAUUUUUAUUUCUUCUUUCUGCACAAGCUUACCCGUCAUUGCCGAUGCGAAGAAUGAUCAACUUUUAUUUUUUAUAAUAAAGUGCAAAAUGAUAUUUAUUUACUUAUUUUGAUGGUAUUUUCAAAUUAAUGUGCUGUGAAUGUUUGAGUCAUAACUGUAAAAUAAAUGUUUUAAAAUGA